AUGUCAGAAACGCAAGCAGCUAUUUUUAGUGCUCUAGGAAUUGGAUUGGCUGUUACCCUUAAUUUGACACCUAUAAAAUCUCUUCUUAAAGCAAAGAAAACAAAAGAUUUAAAAGAGAUUUCUCAUCUUUAUCUUCUUGUGGUAGCAUUCAAUUAUGCAUCUUGAUUUUCAUACUCAAUCAAAAUGAAUCAAACAGGUAGUUGGGUAAACGCUUUAGUGUGCUUAAUUUUAGACUUAAUAUGAGUACUUUUUUAUCAUAUUAUAAAAGGAGACUGGAAAUCAUUUGUUCCAAUUUUUUUAAUUCUGCUUGGGUCUAUAGAAGUUGCGUUAUUUAUGCUAUUUCCUGCUUAUGUUAUUGGAUUUGCUGCUAUAGCACUUUUAAUUAGCCUAUUUGCAGCACCAAUAGAGCAGCUUGGAUAUGUUUUCAGGCUAAAAGACCAUAACUAUAUUGAUGUUUCAAUAACUUCUACGUUAAUCAUAACUGCUGUGGUGUGGAUAAUGUACGGGUUUGCAGUGGGAGAUUGAAUUAUUGUAGGUCCAAAUAUUGCUGGAAUGGCUUUUUCAAUAUUUCAAGAGAUAUACUAAUUGACCAAGAAUAGCCCACUAAGGAGCCAUUCUUAGUCUGCCAGAAAAAAUUUUGACAAAAGAUCCUAAUCUGCCAUUACCACUGAGUUUUGGUGUUUCCAAAUUUUUUGGGCAAGCCAAAUGCAAUAAAAAAAAAUUGUUCUUUUGCGAUGAUGCAUUUGGCUUGUCAAAAAAUUUGGCAACAUCAAAACUCAGUGGUAAUGGCAGAAAAGAUCCUAAUCUGCCAUUACCACUGAGUUUUGGUGUUUCCAAAUUUUUUUGACAAGCCAAAUGCAUCAUCGCAAAAGAACAAUUUUUUUUAUUGCAUUUGGCUUGCCCAAAAAAUUUGGAAACACCAAAACUCAGUGGUAAUGGCAGAUUAGGAUCUUUUUGUCAAAAUUUUUUCUGGCAGACCAAGAAUGGCUCCAUAGUGGGCUAUUCUUGGUCAAUUAGUAUAGUCUAUUUUUGGGCACGUGGGGUAAUCCCAUGUCCUAUUUUUGCUUGUCUUCACAGUAAAAUGGGGAAGAAGCCGCUGAUCAUAAGUGAAGAAAAAUCAGAAGAAAUUCAGAAAGAUUUAGUUUAA